UUCAUUCAUUCGUGUGUCAGCGUCUCUCCUCGUAUCUCUCUCUCUCUCUCCAGCGGCUCAGACUGUAACUUCUCUCCAGGAAUGGCCAACGCAGGGCUGCAGAUCCUCGGCUACACUUUGUCUUUUCUGGGUUUCCUUGGCCUCAUCGCAUCCACGGCCAUGGCCGAGUGGAAGAUGUCCUCAUACGCCGGAGACAACAUCAUCACCGCGCAGGCCAUGUAUGAGGGGCUCUGGAGGUCCUGUGUGUAUCAGAGCACCGGACAGAUGCAGUGCAAAGUCUAUGACUCCUUACUGCAGCUGCCAGGAGAGGUUCAGGCGGGUCGUGGGUUCAUGAUCACCUCCAUCUUCCUGUGUUGUGUUGGUCUGCUGGUCGCAGUCGUCGGCAUGAAGUGCACCACCUGCCUGUCUGACAACAAAGAACAGAAGAACAAAGUGGCUGUGGCUGGAGGCGUCCUCUUCAUUAUUGCAGGGGUUUGCGCUCUUGUUGCCACCAGCUGGUAUGGAGAAAACAUAAGAAAGCAGUUCUUCGAUCCGUUUACUCCGACGAAUUCAAAAUAUGAGUUCGGGAAGGCUCUGUACGUGGGCUGGGGUUCUGCGGCUCUGACCCUCAUCGGUGGGAUCAUGCUCUGCUGUAAUUGUGGGAGUAAAGCUGCUGGGAAAUCCUACCCACCUCCUCGUGUCGCCGGACGCCCGGGAACUGACCGCGUGUGAAAGCAGUCACUAACAGCAUCUCUGUCCCCAGCGACAGGACAAGCAGCUUCCACCACUUCAGUUGUUUUAUUACCAAACCCAAAAAAAGGACUUGAUCUGCUCUAUCUAUGUGUGUCUUUUUCAAUAUUCAAUAAAACUGUUUUGAUAAAUACA